GAUCAUUAGUCAAUGACCAAGACUAAAUAAAACAGAACCCGGUCCUAUGUCCACUGCAUACUCUUAUGGCCAUCAACCGUUUAUCACUCCCAACUACUCUCAACUCCCGCCAAGUGGCCGUUAUCGGUGCCGGAGCAGCCGGCCUUGCUGCUGCCCGUGAGCUCCAUCAGGAGGGCCACGAUGUCGUAGUCUUCGAACGAGAUGCCCAAAUCGGCGGCACCUGGCUCUAUGAUUCCCGGGUCGAAUCAGACCCGUUGGGCCUUGAUCCCAGCAGAAACAUAAUCCAUUCCAGCCUUUACAGUUCUCUCCGCACCAACCUCCCCAGAGAAGUGAUGGGUUUCAGAGUUUAUCCGUUUAUACCAAAAAAAGACAAAACGAGAGACCCGAGAAGGUAUCCGGGUCAUAGAGAAGUGUUGCUCUACCUGCAAGAUUUUGCGAGGGAGUUUGAGAUUGAAGAGAUGGUGAGGUUUGAGACUGAAGUGGUUAAUAUUGGGUUAGUGGAGAAUAGUAAUAAGUGGAAAGUGAGGUCUAAAAAGAAGAAAGCUGACUUUGAUUUUGAAGAUGAGAUUUAUGAUGCUGUUGUGGUCUGUAAUGGUCAUCACACUCAACCUCAGAUUGCUGAAAUACAAGGCAUAAAUUCUUGGCCAGGGAAGCAAAUGCAUAGCCACAAUUAUCGAAUUCCUGAACCCUUCCAAGAUCAAGUUGUAGUUUUGAUUGGGAGUUCAGCAAGCGCUGCUGAUAUAUCAAGGGAAAUUGCUGGGGUUGCCAAAGAGGUUCAUGUUGCGUCAAGAUCAGUUGCAAAUGAAACAUAUGAAGCACAGGCUGGCUAUGAUAACAUGUGGCUUCAUUCUAUGAUAGAAAGUGUCCGUGAAGAUGGUUCUGUGGUAUUCCGAAAUGGGAGAGUUGUCCUAGCUGACAUCAUUCUACAUUGCACUGGGUACAAGUAUCACUUCCCUUUUCUUGAAACUAAUGGCAUCGUGACUGUGGAUGAUAAUCGAGUGGGGCCGUUAUACCAGCAUGUCUUCCCACCAGUUCUGGCUCCAUGGCUUUCAUUUGUUGGGUUACCAUGGAAGGUUGCCCCUUUCCCAUUGAUUGAAUUACAAUGCAAGUGGAUUGCUGGCGUUUUAUCGGGCAGGAUUGCAAUUCCAUUGCAACAGGAGAUGAUAGAAGCAGUUGAAGCCUUCUAUAUGACUCUUGAAGCUUCAAAUGUUCCAAAAAGAUAUACUCAUCGUAUAGGUGAUUCUCAGUUUGAGUAUAAUAAUUGGCUUGCUGCUCAAUGCGGUUGCGAAGAGUUCGAAGGAUGGAGAAAUCAAAUGUAUAAUGCUAGUAGCAUAGGCAGGCUCCAAAGACCAGAGACGUAUCGUGAUGAAUUGAUGGAUGAAUGUUUGGUCAAGGACGCCUAUGAGGACUUUGCUAAAUACAUUCAAAAGGAUUUUCUGCAGUCGCAGCUGUAAAUGACAAUUCAUAUCACAAAUUCGCAUUAAUUAGCUACCUAUAACCAAUUUACCGUUUCUUCUCUUACCAAAGAUUGAAUAAAUUCGAGCUACAUUAUGUUCUGACUUAUUGAUUUUA